ACUUUUUUCUACCUAUUUGUGUUGAUGCCUAUUUGCCUAUAUGCCUAUUUUUUUUGGAUAAAUUAUAUGUAAAUUUGCCAAAUUGUUCUUCUGACACUGUUUCACAUUAAGCAUCAUGGUCUUUGGCUGGGAUUCAACCGACAUCAAACAGUUCGAUAAUGAAUGGACCCCUUACCAAUCGCCAUUUCGGAGUGCAUGGCGCCAUGUCGAAUAUGUCGAUGGUCUGAACUGCUCGAUGCCGGCCAUCGUGGAGUUUCCCAACUUUAUGCGACAGAAAAGUUGGAUAUCAGCCGUGGUGUCUUUUUUUCUCAGUAUGUACCUCUUCGUCUUCCUGGCGAUUGUAUGCGACGAUUACCUGGUGCCAGCCAUGGAGCGUCUGUGCUACAACCUGCGUAUGACAUAUGAUGUGGCCGGGGCCACUUUCCUCGCGGGUGCCACCUCGGCACCGGAACUGUUCGUGAACUUUGUGGCAACAUUCAUCACUAACGGGGACAUCGGAGUGGGCACUAUCGUGGGCUCAUCCGUGUUUAAUAUCCUAGUUAUUGCUGGCGUUUGCGGCAUCUUUACUCCAUCGACCAAACUGGAUUAUUGGCCGGUGACGAGGGACACGAUCUGGUAUCUUGUGGCCAUCGCAGCGCUCACAGUUAUGUUGUUGGAUUCGCAUAUACACUGGUAUGAGGCGUUGGUCCUUCUUCUUUUAUACCUUCUGUACCUCAUUCAACUUAUCCUGGACCGCCGGAUCCAGAAUUGUGUUCGCAAGGAGCACACGGAGUCGGAGCUUUUGGACGAGGAUCCCAUGACGCGCGAGGAGGAGCCGCUCAAAACAUUUCGGGACCACGUGUGCACGAAACCGGAUCCGGGCUCCAAUUGCUGCCAGUGGACCUGGUGGGCGAUCAAGUAUCCGGCGGAACUGGUGCUCGCCUGCACCGUGCCCAGUGUCCGCACCAUAUUCUUCCUGUCCAUGUUCCUGGCAGUCCUGUGGAUCAGCCUGAUCUCCUAUCUGCUCACCUGGUUCCUCACUGUUGUGGGCCACAACCUCAGCAUUCCGGACUCGAUCAUGGGGCUCACUGUACUGGCCGCCGGAACCAGUGUGCCCGAGGUGGCCUCCUCCUACAUCGUUUCCAAAAAGGGCUACGGCUCCAUGGCCAUCUGCAAUGCCAUCGGCUCGAACACCUUUGACAUUUUCGUGUGCCUGGGACUGCCCUGGCUGCUGAAGAGCCUGAUCUACCAGAAUGAGAUCGAGAUCGAUUCCUCGGCCCUCACCAUCACCACGGCCAUGCUGGUGGCCACCGCUGUCGUCCUCUACGUGUUCCUCGUGGCCAACAAGUUUGUGCUGGGCAAGAUCGUCGGAUGGGUCAGCAUGAUCUCCUAUGUGGUGUUUGUCGUUGUUGCCUGCGCACUGGAAAUGUUGCUGGAUACGUUGGUCGUCUGCGACAUUGAGGAGUCCUAAUGAACUGAAAACUCUAUAUGAACAAAUGAAAAUUAUAGUGAAUAUUUUCCAGUAAUGGUCAAUCGUAGCUAUUGCACUAUUGCAUCGCAAUUAGGAAAAUGAUAUACAAUAAACACAUUCAUGUUAUUGUAUUAUCAAAACAAUUUCAGCAAUGGAAA